AUGGUCCCCAUUCCAUCGAAUCGACGGAAAGGCCUCCGACAGAGGCACUGGGCGUUGGAUCUGUUAAUAUGGCUCUGCAUCCUUGUCGGUUGGUGUGCCGCGCAUGCGAUCCGUAGUCAGACCAGAGACUACGGUCACCUCUCGUCUGACUCGAUAGCUGCCAUCGCUGCGCUAUGUGAUCCGGCAACGAUCCUCGAUACGCAGAAUCCUAAAUCGCUGCUCUCUCAGAUCCUCAUCCCACGACCACCAGAUACGGACAACAGUGGCAAAGUGCGAGAAGCCAUUCUCGAUAUCUUUCGAACCCAGCUCGGCGCCAAAGACUCCGACUCUUUCUCAUCGAUGGAUUGGAAAGCUUCGGGAAAGCUUGGAUGGCAUAUGGAGCAACAUACCUUUACCGCCGAUACGCCGGAAGGGAAAAAGAAAAUGACCAACAUGAUCUUGACCAAGAACCCAGCAGCGCCGCGUAAACUCGUCGUUUCUGCGCAUUACGACUCCAAGUACUUUUCGGCCGCUUCCGGAAUGGCAGAAUUCGUUGGUGCGACGGAUAGCGCUGCGCCUUGCGCCAUGAUGGUUGAUCUGGCGGUUGCAUUGGACGAUGCCCUCGAUGAGCGGGAACGCAAAAUUCAUGCUGAAGAACAGUCGAAGCCGUCGAUUGCGCAGGAGACGACAUUGCAAUUGGUCUUUUUUGACGGUGAGGAAGCGUAUCGUGUCUGGACGCGAACCGAUUCGAUAUACGGGUCGAAGGAGCUUGCGAAGCAUUGGACUAGCAACUUUUGGGAUGCAACGCAAUUUGACACGAGCCGAACAUCACAUGCUCCCAAGCUCACUGCGAGGAGGUACCGUAGCACGUACGGUCCUAUCGAGCAUAUGCACACCAUUGAGCACAUGAUUCUGCUCGAUCUGCUCGGCGCAGCUAACCCGAAUGUGCCUUCCUACUACGAUAGCACCAAGUGGCUACAUCAAGCAAUGAUGGAUGCCGAGAAACGGCUCAGCGAGGCAAACGUCUUGUGGCCAGCGGGAGACACAACGCACAGACAUGCGCGUUCCUUUUUCUCGCGAUCAAGACCAUGGGGUGGUAUCGAGGAUGAUCACUUGCCGUUCUUGCAUGCGGGCGUGCCCAUCUUGCAUGUCAUUCCUUCACCCUUUCCCUCGGUUUGGCAUAAGAUGUCGGACGAUGUGACAGCACUCGACUAUCCGACGAUGCAUGCUUGGUCGAUGAUCUUACGUCUCACCGUAGCAGAAUACUUAGAUCUCGACAUCAAGAGUGUCGCGCAGAGAGAUGCGAAUGCUUCAAGGAACGAGUCGAUCGGUGAGUCUAAUUUCGCACCAAGAAUCAAGGUCGAGCUGGUAAGUCGAGCUCGACCCGUCGCCAGCGCGAGUGAAGCGGCGUACUGA